GACUAUAAAAGCGGUGAGAUUAAAGGAUUCGCAUGCAGUGCAUCCUAGGAACAUCGAAUCCCGACACCAUGGCAGUUCGCGCUCUUAGCUUAGUGCUCCUGUGUACGUUUGUCACGGUCAUCUUCGGAUUGCCGACUUUGCCAGAGCCAGCUGUAAAUGCACACAAAGAACGCACAUUAUCGACCGAGCUGCAACCGCCCGCGCCGUCCUUAGACGAGAAGGAACUCUAUUCUACAGUCUAUAUAAUUAAUUUGUACGCUGUAAAAAAUAGCAGCAGCAAUGUAUCGGAAGAAAUGUUUCAAAAUGAAGUCGUAGAAUCGUUACCUGACAUAAUAGAGCCACUAGUUUCUGUCAUCCUAGUAGUAGAAGAUGAAAAUGAAGAGUCAGAAAAUAAUCGACCUGUCGAUCUCGACAAAUUUGCGGAAGGAUUGGAAGGCGAAGGUUUCAAGGUCGACAAGAUCGAUCUCAACAGCAAGAUGAAAGUGCUCAAGAUGAAAUUGGAAAAGGCGGAGGCCCAGAGUAUGAUAGACUCGGUUUUGAAGGGUGAUCAGAAGAAAUUCCGUCAAAAGAGGUCCUACUGUGUGAGAUGUGGAAGAGGAUAUGGAGGGCAUCAAGGUUCUAUAGCAGUGAUACCAGUUUUAGUCGUACCUGUUUCUACAGGACAUCAUCAUCAUCAUCAUGGUGGUUAUGGACACGGCGGCGGCUGUAGACGUUGCGGUAGUGGUGGCGGAUACGGUGAUGGUGGCGGAUACGGUGGUGGAGGUGGGUAUGCUUCUGCCUACGCGACAGCCCAGGCUACCGCUGGAAGCUGGGGAAAAAAAUGAGCAGAAUAUACAUAAUCACGUAAACAUGCCGCCAUUAAUGAUUUAUGCUGCCUUCAUGUUUAAUACACAUACAUA